GGGAAAGUCCCCCGAGUCCCUCGAUGGAAGACGUUGACUCUCGACAGUUGUUGCGUCGAGAGGGGAAGUUUGAAGUCGUCCUGCGAUCAGGUGAGGCCGAUAAUCGCGCCUUCCUUUUCUGGACGUUUCGGCCCGAGGAAAGUCCGCGGCUCAACACCUCGCGUUACACCCACGCCUGGAGACUGUGACUCUGUACAUCGCGCAGCGCGCUCGGUAGUGCCUGAUGCUCCAGUAGAUGGUCUCGCAUGCCCUGAUGAGCCUCUAUGAACUCUCCGGAUGCCUUUCGCGAUGCGGAAUUCAUCGCUGACGUCUCCUGCAUCGGCUACGGGAGCGUGGAUGAUGGAGACGGCUCCUCCCUGGACGCCAGCAGACGGCAGCAGGAGGCCUGGAAAAGGGCCCAGCGGUCGGCUAAGGUGGCCUUCAUCGAUCGCCUGUUGCGGGAUCUCGAUAUCCUGAUCUACUGCGAGCUAUCUGCUUUGUAUUACAUGGACUGCUCGGUCAUAUUGUUUGCAGUCCGCGCUAUCGUUCAGUUGAUCUUCUUUACGCCGAAAGCCUCGCCCUUCGACCCGACCCGAAACCAGCCCUUUAUCGGCGCGAUCUUUGCGAGCAAUCUGUUUUGCAUGCUCUUCCACCACUUCUUUACACAUCCGCAGGCGGGAGAAGAGACACGGGGGUAUCUUCACGGGGGACUAUUUAUUGAUUUCAUAGGGGAGAAGACGCCCGUGUCGGGGAUACGAUUAUUAUCGCUAGAUGUACUCAUACUCAUUAUCGAUUUCAUCAUGCUGGGGCUCAUUGUGGAACGUGUCAAGAUCACCAAGUCGACCAGCACAACCACCACCACCAACAAUAACAACAACAGCAAUGACAAUGACGCCACAACCGAGCAAACAACAGGUCCACAACAGGAUCAUGAUGCCGAAGAGAGAGGGAUCCUACGCCAGGAGACUGAUACCCCGCCCGAUGAAAUUGAACUCGAGUCACUCGACCCUCGGGCGGAUGUGGAUGGUGGCUUAGAACACACCCAACUUUUGGCCGAGGAUACUGAGGAAGGAUCCGGAAACAAGGAUGGCCAUGCAUUGGACCUUUUCUCAUCCGGCGAGGCCGUCAUUAUGGAUAUGGGGCUGGUCGAUCUCAUCAGAGACCAGUGGCGCUACACCCCCGCCACCGUACCACGCCGGACCUCGUCGUAUGUGCCGUCAAACGAGACCGCGACCUUCCUUCGCGAGAGAUUUGGCCUACAAGUCGGCACCGAUGGACGCAUUGUUCCAAUCCCGCGAUGAAAGAUUUUGGCAUACUAUAUUUAAGGAGCGCUGGCGCGCCAGGUGUAUAUAUACUUUGAACUCUGGAUAUACGUGGACUUUGACGAUAAUGGACAUUUAAACUUCCUACAUAU